AUGAUGGACAACAAUCAAGGUUGCAAGAUUACUCUCUAUUGGCUCGAGCAAUCUCGCAGUCACCGGAUCCUUUGGCUUCUGGAAGAACUGCAGUUGAAAUAUGAGCUUAAGACCUUUAAGCGCCGCGCCGACAAGCUUGCCCCAGCUGAGCUGAAGGAGAUCCACCCACUGGGCAAGUCGCCUCUGAUCACCAUCCAGGCACCGGGCGCCGCAAAACCGCUAGUACUGGCAGAGUCUGGUGCGAUCGUGGAAUAUCUCUGUGACCACUUUAGUAGCGCGCGACCGACGCUAGUACCACAACGGUAUACCCCCGGCAGCGAAGGCAAAGUGGGCGGAGAGACCGAGGAAUGGAUGCGCUAUCGCUACUUCAUGCACUAUGUGGAGGGUAGUCUGAUGCCUUUCCUGGUGAUGACUCUGGUCAACGACUCCAUUCGGAACGCCCCUCCAUUCUUUGUUCGGCCGAUCACCAACAUGGUUGCCACGCAAGUGGAGAAUCAGUUCCUGACCCGCAACGUUGAGAGUAACCUCGCCUUCAUUGAGGAACAGCUCCGCACAGCCCCCGACGGUGGCGAGUUCAUUUGUGGCAAGGAGCUGACAGCUGCCGAUAUCAUGCUGAGUUUCCCAGUCAUUGCUGUUACCAUGCGAUCCCUGAAGGAGGAGAAGAACAAGGAUAAAUAUCCUCUUCUUGUCGCGUAUGCUAACCGCCUCGAGAGAAACGAGGGGUACCAGCGUGCUACGAAGAAGGUUGAGGAGAUUGAGGGAAAGUUUUCAGCCUCCAUGUAA